UUGACAUUUAAAGAAAAUCAAAUUGAAUUUAACACUUACAAAUAUAUCAUCUUUUCAUCUUUAUCUGUUAGGAUCAACCCAAACUAUAUCACCAUAUAUUUGAUCAUGAGUCAGCCUCAGGUCAAAGUUGAAAGUAAAGUAAAGGAGGAGAACGAAGACAAUGGUUUAAGUCUGGCUACUUCUACUACUACCACCAAAGUGAAUGAUACCAAAUCAAAUUCAGAUGAUGGAUGGCAAGAAAUUCCUUUGAAGUCAUGUAAUAAAGAAGAACUCAAUGAUAUCAGAUUCCAUAUCAUGAAGUUUCAAACCAAGCAAGAUGUGCGUAUUGUGGAAGAUUUCACCAAACCAGUAAGAUUACAUAGAAAGGAUCCUCGUAAUAUUCAAUUUCAUUUAACUAGAGAAGAAAUGGAAAUUAGAAAAAGAGAACAAGAAGAACUCAAACGAGAGAAGGAAAGAAAUGCCGAAGAAGCUGCUAAUGUCAAAGCGGAAGAAGCCAACGAUACAUCUGUAAAUGAUGAAAAUGUAAAGGAUGAUAAAAAAGUUAAUCCUGAAAUGGCUCAAGUUGCACCAGCAGGGGGAGCCAGAAAGAAUAAGAAGAAUUUAUUCAAACGUAAAACCAAACAAGUUAAUAUCAUGGAUAGUGCCAAAAGAAAGCUUCGAUAUGAAGAAUUUUAUCCUUGGGUUGCAGAAGAUUAUGAUGGUAAGAAUGUCUUUGUAGGAAAUUAUGAAGGUGGUUCAGCUGAUACCAAUCAUGUAUUAUUUGCAUUUGAUAAAGAUGGAUUCAAAGUGGUUCCUGCUGAAAAAGUUUAUAGAUUCACUCCUAGAAAUAAAUAUGCCACUUUAACUCUUGAAGAAGCUGAAACUAAAAUGGAUAAACAAAAUCAUGUUCCAAGAUGGUUAAUGAAACAUAUGGAAGAUAGUCAAACAGAUCAUAGAUUUAGAAGAAAUUUAUUCACAGAAGGACGUUCUAUAUCAAGAAAUACUAAUGGUGGAGGGUUAAGAACAGUAUCAGGAAGUGGCAAUUUUAAUGAUAGAGAUUCUGAUCAUGAUGAUUUAGAUUUUGAUGAAGAAUUUGCUGAUGAUGAAGAAGCUCCAAUAAUGGAUGGUGAUGAAGAAGAAAAUAAAUUAUCAGAACAAAAGAUUAAAAAGGAAAUGUUAAAAGCUGCUCAUUUUGAUGGUCAAUCAGAUGGUGAUAUUGAUGAAGAUUUAGAUGAUUUAUUUGAUACUGAAAAAUCAAGAAAAGUUGAUAAAGAAGGUAAAAAAUUAAGAAAAGUUUUAAAUAAAAGAGAAGGUGGAGUAUAUGAUAGCGACGAUGAAGAUGAUAAUUUAAAUCCAUAUUUAUCUAAAUCCGAUCUUGAAAGUGAUGAAAGUGACGACGAAGAAGUUAAAAAGGAAGGUGAAGACGAACAAGCUUUAGCCGAUGAUAAGAACAAUGUAAAUGUACCAAGAACUAUCUUUGCUCUUGAUGUUGGUGAUGGUUUUGUUGUUAUAAAGGCACCAACUGAAUUCUUAAAUGGAUUUCCAAAAGGUGAAUGGGUUGCCAAUGGUAGAAAGAGAUCUUCACCAGGUGUAACUUCACCAAAGAAGAAACUUAAAACUGAAGAUAAAGGUGCAGUAGUUACCAAGGUUAGUGCAUCACCUACUCCAGAAAUCCAAGCUGUUGAUUUAACUUCAGCUGGUCCAGAUGGAUCUUUAGUUACUAUCCAAGAAGUAUUGGAUAUUGUUAUUGAUAAUCCAUUAACCACCAAAGAAUUACUUUCUCAAUUAAAGAGUAGAGUAAGUGCCCAUCCUGAUAAUAAACAAAGAAUCAUCAGUAUAGUCAAACAAAAAUUAAGAUUACAGGACUCCAAAUUAGUAUUGAAAGAACAAUAAAUGAGAUUAUUUAUUACAUAUAUGAUACAAAUUGAAUUUUUAGUUUAGUUUUUUUUUAGCUUUUUUUUAGUAUAGGCUAGUUUAUACAAAUUAAUGAAAUUAAUAAUGCUAUAUUUACAAAAUUUCUAC